CUUCACUGAGCAGCAGCUCGCUCCUCUUCGCACAGUGCUGAUCUACAGCAGCAGCGCGCGCGGCUCCCCAUCCGCUUCACCCAGCACGGGCAGGGGGAGGACUACCAUAACACCGACAUCUGAAUCUUUAAGUGGAUUUAAGGAACUCCAUCACAAAAACACACAUGUUCUUCUUCUUUAUCAUUUCUGUAAAUGUGUAAGAUACUUUAGACAUGGCUUCAUCCGUGAGCGGCACAGAGGAAGUCCGGGUCUCGACGCUGACUCCCCUGAAGUUGGUGGGACUGGUGUGCGUGUUUCUCGCCCUAUGCCUGGAUGUCGGGGCCCUGCUGAGCCCGGCUUGGGUCACGGCGGAUGACCAAUACUACCUGUCUAUGUGGGAGUCCUGCUGGAAGCCCGUCAGCUCCGCUGUCUGGUCCUGCAACAGCACGCUUGCAACCGACUGGCAGAUCGCCACACUGGCCUUGCUGUUGGGUGGAGCGGCCCUCACCCUGUUCUCCUUCCUUGUGGCGCUGAUCUCCCUCUGCUUCAGCUCCAGGAGUCGCUGCUACAAGCCUGUGGCUGUCAUGCUGUUCUCUGCGGUGGUGCUCCAGGUGUGCAGCUUGGUACUAUUCCCCAUCAAGUUCAUAGAGACGGUCAGUCUGAGAGUGUACCAUGAGUUCAACUGGGGCUACGGCCUGGCCUGGGGGUCCACCAUCUUCUCUUUUGGAGGCGCCAUCCUUUACUGCCUCAACCCCAAGAACUAUGAAGACUACUACUAAAACAUGUGAGGAGAGAAGAGAUAUUGGAAGUCUGUUUCACCCAGGGCCCUUCCAGUAAUGGGACAUUUCUGUGCACAACCACAGACUAAAAAAAAAGGAAUAAACAAAAGCUUACUGUUAGAUUCAGGACUGGAACCAUUCGAUACUGUGAAUUUAUUGACUUACUUAAAAAACCAACUUGUGUUCAAAAAUGAAUCCUGAACCGUUAUAGAGCGAUUGCCACCAUUCGGUUGAGUCUGCGUUCCCUUUAAGUGGAACUCCAGUAGGUCUUCGAUUUGGACAGAAAAUCUGGAGGGAACAGAUGGAUUCACUGACCCCAUACCAGGACAAAAUGAUGGACUUAUUACCCAAUCAGAGCAAAGAGCAAAAGAACAAUGUCAACUUGGCCCAAUCAGGACAGUAACGGAUCCAGGGAGGAAAAAACCCCAUUGAAGUGAUAUCCCGAGGAUGACAAAGUGAGGAAAUGCGACAUAAUACUUUUCCCCAGAGAUGAACUACAUCUGGAACUUGGCCUUGCCUUCUUCCUACAGUUUAGAGAAAUACAUCAGCGAGGGCUGGUCUCAUGAACCAAAGGCUGUCGCUAGAGUUUUUUCUCCAUUCCUAUUUGAUUCUAUUUUAAGGGUCACAGAGAUUAACAGAAACAACCUAAGACAAUAAAAACAUUCCACAUCCACUGUCUAAAUAAUAUCAUACUGGUGAGAAGAACAUGGGCUGGCUAAUGAAUAGCAAAGCAUCUGUCACAUGUAAACUAUUACUACUGCUAUUGUAAAUGUGCAGCAUAAGCCCAAUUAUACCGUCAUUAUGAUUAAAGAAAAGUUGUAUUAUAUGUAAGUAUGUGCAGCAUUAUAAAGUAAUAUUCAUGCUAAGGCCAGUGGGAGGGCGAUGAUGGCAAAUGACCGUGUCUGCUGAUGAGUGUCCACCCAUGCCUGCAUGAUCAUACCACCCAGCAUGUGUUCACACACUGCCCCAUGUGAUGCCUCCUUAUCUCCUCCAUCUGUAGGAAACAGAAAUGCUCUCAGUAGAAAAUAAUACAAAAGUAGAUUUUCAUUUAGGGAGAAACUGUAUCAGAUUGUCUCAUUGUUGCUACUGAAAAUGUCAGCAUACCUAAAAUUCUGCACAAAAUAUGAGGUUCAUAACUAAGAACUAUGCAUGAGUAAUGUUAUUAUUACUCCUUGGAUCAAUCUUAAAAAAACAAUUGAGCAUUUUGAACCUUAAAGAAGCCAUGAAUGAUGUGACUUGUACUUGCAGAAAGCCUGCUGUGGGUAAAACUCUCCUAAAUUCUCCAUUAGGAUGGUCACUUUUAGGAUGAAACUUCUCCAACUCCCUCUUGUAAUAGAGAAAGUGAGUGUUUGCAUGCCUAUUCCAUUUGCUGCUGAGUUUAUUAUGAUUCCCACUGGCUUGAAUAGUUAUAUAAUAAACAUGUUCUGAUAAAA